CCUGCGCUCCGGGGAUUGUGGGAUAGUGGCGGAGAGCGGAGGGCGGCCGAGGCCCCGAGCCGGCGGCCGAGCUGGGAGACCUACGGCUCUGGGGGACAGGGUUCCUUAGAGAAGGGGUGCUCGGCUUCCGUCGGUCGCUGUUUAACAGCGCGGCCCUUUAGGACGGCGGAGGAAGACGCUGUCGUCUCCAGCGGCAGACGGGGCCGGGCGGGCGAAACCGGGGUGACUUCCUCCGUCUGUCUGUGCCGAGGCGCCUGCGCGGGCCUCGCGUCCCAGCCAACCCCCGCCGCCUCGGCCCAGCGCUCCCCCGCCUCGCCCGUGGGCCUCCCCUCGCGGCCUCUCCUCGCCACCCGGCCGGACGCCCGUGGACGCUGACCGCGGACUCGGCGCAUCUCGACGGCGGAGGCCGCCCGGCCCGAGGGCGCGUGCGCGCGACCCCGCCGCCGCCCCCGCCCCCACAGCCCGCGCCCCGCAGCAGGGGCCGGAGCCGCCGGCGGCGGGGCGGGGGGGGCGCCCCGAUGAGCCCCGAGUGUGAGGAGCCGCCGCCCCCCCGCGCAGGGCGCCAUGUUUUGGAAGUUUGACCUGCACACGAGCUCGCACCUGGACACGCUGCUGGAGCGGGAGGACCUGAGCCUGCCGGAGCUGCUGGACGAGGAGGACGUGCUGCAGGAGUGCAAGGUGGUCAACCGCAAGCUGCUGGACUUCCUGCUGCAGCCAGCCCACCUGCAGGCCAUGGUGGCCUGGGUGACCCAGGAGCCCCCGGCCAGCGGCGAGGAGCGACUGCGCUACAAGUACCCCAGUGUGGCCUGUGAGAUCCUGACCUCAGAUGUGCCCCAGAUCAAUGAUGCUCUGGGCGCUGACGAGUCCCUGCUGAACCGGCUCUACGGCUUCCUGCAGAGUGGCAGCAGUCUCAACCCGCUGCUGGCCAGCUUCUUCAGCAAGGUCAUGGGCAUCCUCAUAAACCGCAAGACUGACCAGCUCGUGUCUUUCCUGCGCAAGAAGGAUGACUUUGUGGACCUGCUGCUGCAGCACAUUGGCACCUCGGCCAUCAUGGACCUGCUGCUGCGCCUGCUCACCUGCGUGGAGCGACCCCAGCUGCGGCAGGACGUUGUCAAUUGGCUCAAUGAGGAGAAGAUUGUCCAGCGGCUGAUCGAGCAGAUCCACCCAUCGAAGGAUGACAAUCAACAUUCCAACGCGUCCCAGUCCUUAUGCGACAUCAUCCGCCUGAGCCGGGAGCAGAUGAUCCAAGGCCAGGAUGGGCCCGAGCCAGACCCACUGCUGGCCACCCUGGAGAAGCAGGAGACGAUGGAGCAGCUGCUGAGUAACAUGCUAGAGGGUGAGCAGAACCCAUCCGUCAUCGUCAGCGGGAUCCAGGUGCUGCUGACCCUGCUGGAGCCCCGCAGGCCAAGGCCUGAGUCGGUGACCAUGAACAACUUCUUCAGCAGUGUGGAUGGGCAGCUGGAGCUCCUGGCCCAGGGGGCCCUAGAGAGUGUCAUGUCCAGCAUGGGUGUCCUGCACGCCCUGCGUCCACGGCUUGGCCACUUCCACCAGAUCCUUCUGGAGCCACCCAAGCUGGAGCCUCUGAGGAUGACAUGGGGCAGCCUGGCACCCCCGCUGGGCAACACACGGCUGCAUGUGGUCAAGCUGCUGGCCAGUGCCCUGAGUGCCAAUGACAUGGCGCUAACGCAGGAGCUCCUGGCACUGGACGUACCCAGCACUUUGCUGGACCUCUUCUUCCACUAUGUCUUCAACAACUUCCUGCACACUCAAGUGGAGAUGUGUGUGAGCGCCAUGCUGAGCUCAGGGCCCCCUGCCGAAAGCAGCCCCGAGACGCCCCCCUCAAACCCCGUCGUGACGCAUCUGCUGCAACGCUGCCGCUUGACAGAGCGGAUCCUGACCUCCUGGGAGGAGAAUGACCGUGUGCAGUCUGGAGGCGGCCCUCGGAAAGGCUACAUGGGCCACCUGACGCGAGUGGCCAAUGCCCUGGUUCAGAACACGGAGAAGGGGCCCAACGCCGAGCAGCUGGGGCAGCUCCUGAAAGAGCUGCCAGCUGAGCAGCAGGAGCGGUGGGAGACUUUUGUGUCAGGACCCCUGGCAGAGACCAACAAGAGGAACACCGUGGAUCUGGUGAACACCCACCACCUGCACUCCUCUAGUGAUGACGAGGAUGACCGGCUCAAGGAGUUCAACUUCCCCGAGGAGGCUGUGCUGCAGCAGGCCUUCAUGGACUUCCAGAUGCAGCGUAUGACCUCAGCCUUCAUUGAUCACUUUGGCUUCAAUGACGAGGAGUUUGGGGAGCAAGAAGAGAGUGUAAAUGCACCUUUCGACAAGACUGCCAACAUCACCUUCUCCCUCAAUGCUGACGAUGAGAACCCCAACACCAACCUGCUGGAGAUUUGCUACAAGGACCGCAUCCAGCAGUUUGAUGAUGAGGAAGAGGAGGAGGAGGAAGAGGGCCAGGGCGCAGGGGAGUCCGAUGGAGAGUACGGGGCCUGGCAGGGUAGCCAUGUGGCACGGGGGCCCCGCCUGGGCCAGCCCCCUGGUGUUCGGAGUGGAGGCAGCACAGACAGCGAGGAGGAGGAGGAAGAGGAGGAGGAAGAAGAGAAUGACAGCCAGGCUGCCAGAGGAGGGGCUGGACCCCCCUCCCACCCCAGCCCUGACUCUCCACCUCCUGGCCCCAGCUGGACGGCCACCUUCGAGCCAGUGCCUACGGAUGCCCCAGCCUGUCCCCGAGUGUCCGGGGGGGAGGAGCCGUGUUCUGGGUCCCCAACGCCACAGGGGUCCCUUGAUGCACCCCAGGGCCUCCCUGUUCAGAGCCUGGCCAUCCCUCCUGCCUGCAAUGCCCUGCAGCUCAGGUCUCAGGCCCUCAUGACCCCCUCAGCACCUCAGGAAGCCGCAGAUGGCAGCCAAGUUGUGGAGCCCUCAGCCCCCUGCCAGGCCUUGGUCAGUGUUGGGGACCUCCAGGAUGCCCUCCACAAAACGUGCUCCGCUCCUAGCUCCUUGGACAGUGCAACCAGAGACCCCUCUACCUCUGUCCCAGCCUCCGGGGCCAGCCAGCCCUCCCAGACCACAGACGGGGAGAAGAGCCCAGAGCCUGUGGGGCCUCCCCAAAGCCAGAGUGCCCAGCCCCUCGAGCCUCAGAUGCCCAACGGCUCUGCCACAACAGGGCCCACAUCCCUGGGAUACCCGUAGCUGCCUGGUCUUCUUGGUGGCCAAAUCCUCCGUCCUCCACAUGGAUUCCUGGGUGGGGCAGGCCAGGUCUCAGGAUUGGCCACCUGCCUCCAUCCCCCCGCCCCACGUUCUCUCUGGUCUCCCGGGAGGCUGGUGCCAGGGAGAUGGACCCCCACUUACCCACCCCCAUUUGCACUGAGAGAGAAAUUACAGAGCUUUGCCUCCUGGAAUAAAGAUAUAGAGAGUCACAUAGAGAGAAAGGAGAGAGAGACGUCUAUUAUAUAUUAUAUAUAUGUAUUGAGGGAGGAGGGCAAGAGGAGGCAGGAUGCCGCCAGGCCAGCAGCCCCAAGCACAACCUCCACCCCCGGCCAGCCUGGUGGGGGUUGGCACUGGGGGUCCGUCCCACGCUCUGGUGCAGAUGCCCACACCCACACCCGGCCUUUGAGCUCAGGUCACCUUGGGGGCAGCUGGUGAGGGUGGGGCAUUGGGGCCCGAGGCGGGGGCAGUGCCUUCACCCAGGGACCUGGGCUUGGGGAGCAGGGGCCUCCCCAGCAGCAUCCCCAGAGGUUCUGAAUCUGUUGGCUGGGCCACCCUGCACCCAAAGGGGGUCUGCAGCCCCGCUGCCAAGUGGCCUUGUCCCACUCCCUCCCCUAGGCUGGCGCGAGUGUGUGUGUGUCUGUGCUGAGCUUCUAUUUCAUAUUGCAAAUACAAAUAAAGGAAGACAGUUUACGA